GAGAGGUUUGGUUAAAUUUUGAACAAAAUUUGAAAUUUCAUUCAAAAUUCUAUUAAAUGUAAUGUAUUGAAAUUAAAUAAAAGUCAUCAAAUUUUUUUCAUUCUUUUUUUCACAAGGAUUGUAACCUCACAAAAAUCUUUAUGUAUUCAUCAGAAUGAAUAAUUUAAAAAAUAUUUUUGGUUUACAUGUUUCACGAAACGUUUGUUCCAAAUCAACUCAAGGCAUACAUAGGGGGGAGAAUAUUUUAAAGAACAAAUAUUUUAGAUCAAAAUCACUUAAAAAUGUUAAGUCAGAUCCAUUUUUAAAAUCGACAAAUGUAAAUAAAGGAAAAUUUGAAAAUAAUUUAAAUAAAACAAAAACCAUAUACGGUGGUACAAAAAAAAGAUCGUCAUUGGAAAAAAGUAAUUCACUCGAUAGUCUUUAUCAUAUUAAUAAUGGAUACAGUGGAAAUCAUGAAUUUAAAAAUUCUUUAUGCAACAAUAAUGAGAAAAAUAUGAAAAAAUCAUCAUCAAAUGAAAUAAAAAAUUCAAAACAAAAUUUUUUAAAUCAAGAAGCACGAUCUUAUGCAAAACUUAUUGCAAAUUAUAGUCGAGCAAUGGAAAAUGAUUCAAUUUAUACAAAAUCAUUUGAUCAAAAUUAUGGAAGAUCAUGUGCAUCAAUAACAGAUUCUCAAUUUAAUUCAUUUGUUCCUCCAUUUUCUAAAAUGAAAAAAAAAGAAAUUAAAAAUGGUUCAAUUUUAAAUAGAAGAAAUUCAUCAUUAUCAUCACCAAAAUAUCGUCAUGAUAUUUAUAAUAAAAAUGAAAAUCGAAAUUCAUUUUAUAGUACAGAUUCGGGUACAUAUAAAGAGAUUGUGAAAAUUGAUAAUAUAAUUGUGACGAAAAAUACAAAAUCAAAUCAAAAGGAAAAUAUUGUUGAAAGUGAUUUUAAAUUAGAUGUUAAGGAUGUCCUUGACAGUUGCACUGCACGUGCUGAUUGGUUAGAUAAGGUUAUAAAGGCACACAAGGAACUCAAAAUGAAAAAUAUGAUUCAAAAUAAUAAUUACAUUUCUAAAGCACCGGAGGCGAAAUUAACUGCUAUUAGUAAAAUGGAGCAAGCAAGCAAAUCGGAUGGCAAUAAUUCAAAACCAGUUCCAUUACUGAAUGUUAUUGACGCCGAAUGUCCUAUGGAAUCAUCAUUUAAACCAGUUAUCGACUCUUAUGCAUCUGAGAUAAAAUCAAAUGUAGAUCGAGAAAAUCCCACACAAUUUAUAAAAUUAAAGAAAAAUACAUCUAAUGAUCAAAAUUCGAAAAUUAUUGACAAAAUGCCAAAUGAAAUUAGCCAAACAAAGAAAACAGAAAUAAGAGAAAAUUCUCAAAAAGGUGACAAUUUUAAUAAAUCCAAUUCAUCGAAUUCUGACAACACUAAAGACACAACAAAUCCCCCUCGAAAUUGCAUUAAUUUUCAAAUAAAUGGUCAAACAUCGUCUGAUUUUGUCAAAAAUAAAUCAUCAAUAAAAAUUUUAAAUUCAUUGGAAAAAAUUGAAAUUCGUAUACCAAUUAAUAAUCUAUUUUAUGAUGAUAAAAAUGACAAUUUGAAAUUAAAAAAAUCCACAUUAAAUCUUCAGAUAUUGGCAAAAAUUGAAACAUCCGAAAAUAAUGAUAACGUGAAAAAUGAAACAGAUUUGAAUGUAAAAUUAAUUGAUACAUCGUUAAAAAAAGUAUCAAAAGAAAUUAAUAACAAGGAAUCUGCCAAGGAAUCAUUAGUUAAAAUUAAUGAUAAUUUAGCUAAGGAAAUUAGUAAUAAAAAUAAUGAAAAAAUUAGAAAACGAACAAUAAUUUCGCGAGUGAUAGACAAAGAAUUGGAAAAACAUGUGAAAAAAAUUACCACAUCACCAUCAUUGACAACAACAACUGAGACGAAGAAAAAUUUCUCUAACAUGGAAGCAGUGAAGCCUGAAACAAUAAAACUGAACCAAGAGCCAUGGACAAUUGACAAGGUGACAAAGACGAUGGACAUGGUGAUUGAUCAAAAGAAGCUAAACGAGAUUGACAAAAAAAUUUUAGCCCCCACAACAUCAGGUACGUUGAAAUCUAAAUUGAAAAAUCCAAUCGAAGAAGAAGAAGUGGCGUCGAAAAAAAUAAAUGAAAAAUACACCGUAACUAAAGUAUCUCCUGGACCUUUGAAAAUUCAUCACACUGCAAAAUCUCAUACAACAGAUAAAAAGCAAAGAACGAUCAACAUUGAUACAAAAGAUCGAAUUGACAAUAAAAUCAUUGCAAAAAAAGAGAUUCUUAAAAAGAGGAACGAAAUAAAAAAAGACAUAGUCCCCAAGGAAUUGAAACCAUUGGAGAAGAAAAAAGAUGGAACAUUAAUCGAUUAUGGUUUAAAUGUUGUGACAAGAAAAAAUAAGGAUCAGCCAAUUAAGGCGACAAUUAAGGAAAUUUUAACUGUUAAAGAGAAGAAAAUAAAUUCUUCAAUUGAUCAAUUAAAAACACCAUAUCAAUUGAAAAAAACCGAAAUAUUCAAUCAUCAAAAAUUAGAAUCAAAUCAAAUUUUAUCGGUCGCAACUUCUGAAUUAUCCACACCAUCCCACGAGGAUUUAAAUGAAGCAAAAUUCAUCGAUUUCAAAAUGGUACUUAAACUUCAAGAUUUUGAUGAAAAUCACAUUUUUUCUGGAACAUCAUCAAAGAAAACAGGCGUUUUAAAAUCGUUGAAAAAGGACAUAAUCGUGAAACCCAAUAAUAAAGGAUCAAAGACCACGGAUUCAUCAUUAUCGUCAAUGAUAAAUGAUAAAAGAGACAUUACCGUGAAAAUUGAUGAUUGCUCGCAAAAUCAUCAGUCGGCGUGUAAAAUAAAUUCAAUGAGAAAAAAUACAGUGAAAUUUUCCAAGACGAAUGAAAAUAAUGGAACACGAAGUGCCGGACAUGUUGAGAGAAUAAAAAAAAUUCCAUCAACAAUGAAUAAAUUGUCAUAUAGAGAAAAGACGAAUACCAUUAAAAGUGCAUCAUUAUUGAAGGAUCGAUUACAACGUUCGGAAAAGGAAAUUUUAUAUUCAAAUUGGCUUCAAAAUUACAAUAAUAAGACAGUUUAUCCAUUUUGAAAAGGGAAAAUAAUCCAGGAAGAUGAAAUGCCCUUAAGGAGCGGAUUUAUCGAUAUAAAUAUAUAGAAAAACAGGCGCAGGAAAUUGUUGCAAAUGAAAGGAAAUGAAAAAUGAAGGAAGUGUUAAGAAAUGCUGUAUUUUUUUUUUUAACACAAAUCAAAUACAUAAAUUGUCCAAUAGAGAAAAACUAAUCCGUAAGAAAAUAGAAAAUUCCAUAUUAUCAUUUUUCGAUUUCCUUCUAUUAAUUUUUUCCACUCAUCUCGCUAAUCUAAAAAAUUUAAUCUUUCAAAAUUUUGAAAAACAAUUUUGAAAAUCGAUUCUGAGAUUGCUUCUAAAACAUAUUUAAAAAAAACUCGUUGUAACAACAAAAGAAAAGAAUAUUUAAUUACUGAGGCAAA